AUGAAAGGCGACAACAAGAAACUGGCUGAGCUUCCCGUGGCAAUGCACGGCGUCAUUGGGAACACCCCCAUGUCGGACAACCCCACUGAUCCCGACUGCGGCUUGCUUGUGGUCGCCGAUUUCCUUCUCUCCAACGGCGUGCUGAACGCGAUGAACUUUACCUGCAUAGACAAGGUGCAGCCUCUGAAUUUCGACAUCCCGGACGCCUUGGCUCUCGAGCUGUUUGAUCUGGACGGCGGCGCCAUGGACGACAAAAUACACAACCCCGCGCAAGAUGCCAAGGACUACAAGUCCAAGUAUACUGACGUGAAGGUGUACAAGUCCAAGUAUACGCAGAUGAAGGUGGGUGUGAUUGUCCUCAGCUUUGCAGUCGUUGGCCUUGGUGUUUAUGCGUUCCUGAAACAUCGUGAAGCCAAAGCGACGCGAGGCAAGUAUGCAGUCUACGAAGACGCGUGCACGAGCAACGCUUCUUGA